AAACAAAUCUGCAUUAGAAAAAAUAAAAGAUACUUUUGGGCAAGAAUAAAAGAACAUAAAGACUCCACAAGGCUGAUGAAAACACAGAAUUCUGCCCUACAGGUCAUGCCAUUUUCAGAGGAGAUGAAACAGAUGGAAACAAUUACAGACUCAUCAACUCGGAUAAAUUCUGGUUGAAGAUGUUUCCACAUGAAGUAAAACUGAGCAAUGGAUGGAUUUCAAAAGCUGAAAGGUGAAGUGAUACAUCCAGAAGUAUCUUAUGAUGACUUACUGUCUUAUUUAAAUGACAGUCAAGAUAGCUCAACACAACAAAAACUGAAAGAUUUAUCCAAGUGUGAAUCUUUGGAAGAUGUUAAAUUCCUAGAAGUAGAGAUUAAUGCUGGCAACAAUCUUUUGUCUAGAGGAGCUAAAUGGUUACCUGGACUUUGUUCAUUAAAUUUGUCUGGAAGCCGUCUCUUAAGUUUAAGGAUAAUUGGGACAAGUCUUCCAAAUUUAUCUAUUUUGCGGGUAUCUCGCUGUGGUCUCUCAAGCUUUGAUGGGAUUGGAAACUUUACAUGUCUUAAAGAACUUUAUGCAUCCUACAACAAAUUAGGAGAUACUUCACCAUGUGUUUUGUUGGAGAAACUAACAACAUUAGAUGUUAAAAGAAAUCAGAUAAGCUGUUUUGAAAACAUCGAGGUAUUGUCCUUAUGUCCAGAUUUGGCUUUUAUAACACUAGAAGAAAACCCUAUUUGCCAAGCUUUCAUAAAGUCAGAAAAUGAGGAGGAAACAUUUGUAUCAGAUGAUUAUAGAAAAGCAGUUAAAACUGCUAUCCCACAGCUCCAGAUGCUGGAUGGGUUGUCAUUUUCUACUCAGUCUGAAACAUUUACUAACUCCUUCUUUGAAAUGGAAAAAAAACAGCUGAUUGUUGAUAAGAAUUAUGUGGAUAUCUUAUCUACUGAUGAAAGUGAUGAUCCUGAAAGUGACUCCUCAAGCAACUUGACAUCUGCACCUGAAAUAAUAUGUGGUCAUCCUGGCAGAAAGCUUCCAAAACGACGUGAACGAGCUCUGCCCUGCUGUAGCAUAUCUUGUGUGUCAGAAUGUAAAAUGUAUUCACAGAAACCGAGAAAGGACAAUAUUUCAUGCUUGAAAAAAGGAACUACAGGAAAGCACAUUAGUCAUAUGCAUCGUAAUAGGAAUCAGGAACACUUGUCAAGCUGCCAAGAAGAAGAAAAUGAAAGUGAACAUAUUUCUACAGUGGAUGAUCAUGACUCUUUUAGUGGCUUGUCAUAUGAUGGUGAUGUUUCUUCUUCCUUUGAAACCUCUUUGUCUUUUCAGGAGUUUGAUCUUCCCCAUAUUAAAGCACAUAUUACAAAUAAUGAAAUUCAGCUUCCAGUCCACAGAUUUAGUGACCAUGCCAGAGACUUUAUCACUUCGUACUCUUCCAUUCAGCUGCCAUCUCAUUCUGAUAGUGAGGUUAUUCUUCCACAUCCUAUGAAUAAGUUGAAACCCAUACUCAGACAGCAAUUCCGUUUACCUCCCACAAACUUACAAAUACAUGUACCUCAAACUACAGCUUUUACCAAGCUUAAUAUUUCUUCACGUCAUGAAACUAGGGAUUUAAGUCAGCAUGUUGCUACUGACGAAUCAUUUCUUUGGCAUAAUAACAGCAGUAACAUAUCAUUAACUUCUGUAUGUCAAACAGACAAUUCUGGAAAAGGAAAACAAGCAAAUACGGAAAUACUACAGCCAAAACCAAACUAUUUUACAUUAGAAGAUGGUGUAACUACUUGGAAACGAAUCCAGGAUAUUGGUCUCAAGCUAGAUUCAAGUGCUUCUAUGAAAGAAGUAAAGAGUCCGAUGUUGUAGCUGUAUGUCAAUGUGUUCUAGUACACAAUACUUAAUUUUGUAAUGAAGUAUGAUUUUCAGUUUAAAUGUUCUUAUAAUUCCAAUAUUUCAGCAGUGAUAUUAAUUUUCCAGGUAACUAUUUGAUAUCAUAACAUUAUGCAUAAUUUUUCAUGUCACUUUUCUAAUAAAACAGCUAUUCUCAUUUCAUAAAUAUAUUUUUGAUAAAUAUAAUAGUCUCUCAAGACUUUUGUGUAAACUUAGUAUGGAAUUAGGUAUAUGUCAUAAGUUCACAAGGUUUAAAAUGUGUACAUUUGCUUCAUUCUAAAGUUCUCAAAAGUGAAUGUCUCAGUGACAUCUUGUAUAUAAUGUUUAAUAUCCACAACUAAAUUAUUAGCAUUUUGUUCAACUCUAUUUGCAUUUUGUGUAACAGUGUAAUUGGAAUGAAUUUCAUUAUAAUUGUUUUAUCCUCUAUUUAGUUGAGUACUAGCUAUAUAAAUUUAUGGUUUGAGAUAAAACUUUUCAUUUUCCAAAUCGUUUCUGAGAUAAGAUAUUGUAACUAAACUGAAACAGUUGAUUAGUAUCUUUAGAAAUUGUCAUUUUCUUAACUUAUUUUCAGUUGAUAGUCUUAUUAUCCAAAUUAAUACUUAGUCAAUAAAAUACUGGCAAGCUUACAUCUAUUUUUAUUUUAAUCUAAAUAGCGUUACUUAAGACAUUUAGUUUUAUGUUCUAUAGAUUCACAAGUCAUUUAGCUUUACCUUAAAAGUAUGUUGUAUGGCCGAAUAAAACACAUUACCGUGUAAUGCAUGUGUCCUUUAGAAUUAUUUUUUUCUUAGAUUUAAAUUUAUUGCUGUUUUCUAAAUUAUUCAUACUUUUGUUUCAUCAAAAUCUGACUGUUUUUCUCAUAUUUAGUAUUAUUUUCAUAUCAGUUCUUGUUUAUCUUGGUAAAAGUAUAGGUUUGUUGACUUUCUCCUGAAUUUGUGUUCAAAUAAAAUCUGUUUCCUGUUGUAAUAGAUUAGAUUACAACUAAAAUUAUUUUCAUUCUCUGUUUAAAGUAAUUUUAAUUUUAUCAUGCAUAUUUCUUGUUUUAAUAGUUGUUUUAGUUAUUGGAAAUAUAUAUUUUUUGUUUGACGUUAUGAUUUGUUAUUUUCUUGCAUGUUUACAGCAGUGUGUCAUGGAUUAUAGUCUUGUACUCAAACUGUUUCAUAUAUAUUGUUUUAUCUUUAUUAUAUAACUUUGUA